CGUCCCAGCAUACCCCACAGCAUAGACAUCCAAAGCAAUACCCACCCCAAGCUUCGCCCCGCAUAACGACCCGCUUUCCAUUCGGCCCGUACUACACUCACCUUAAACCUCAAGAUAUAAAAAAAAUACCAUCCUGUACAACCACCCUCACCCCACCCAACCAUCCACCAUGCUCCUCCACCUCCGCAAAGCCCUCCCACCCCUGCUCCUCCUCUUCCACCCAGCCACCCAACAGCAACUCCCAACACCCCAACCCACCUAUCCCGAAUGCCUCUCCAACACCACCUCCCUCCUCCCCCCUCAAACCUGGGACUCCCACAUGCACAUCCUCGACCCAAUCCGCUUCCCCUACGACCCCAGCGCCCCCUACAACACAAGCGUACACUCCCUCUGGUCUGCCCUAACCUUCGAAACCCGCCUCGGAAUCUCCAACGUCGUCAUCGUCCAACCCUCUCUCUACGCAAACAACAACACCUUCCUGCUCACCCAGCUGCGCGCCAUUGGCCCGGAGAACGCGCGCGGAGUCGUCCAGUUUGCACCGGAUAUCGCGCGCAGUGUGCUGGAUGAGUGGCAUAGACUCGGGGUGCGGGGUGUACGGUUGAAUCUGCUGGAUAGGGCGAAGGGGAUGAGUGAUAGCGUGCUUGCGGGGUUGGUGCAGCAGUAUGCGGAUGUGGUGAGGUCGUUGGGAUGGGUGCUGCAGAUUUAUAUUUCUAUGGACAGGAUUGCGGAUAUUGAGGAGACGUUAAGCGGAUUGAAUGUUACGCUGUGUUUCGAUCAUUUUGGACACCCUGAGUUGCCGGCGUUGGAGGAGGGGGAGGAAAAGGGAUUUGAUGUUUAUUCGGUUCCUGGGUUUGCGGCUUUGGUAAGGUUGAUUGGGGAGGAGAGGACGUGGGUUAAGUUUUCUGGUGCGUAUCGGGUUGAUGGGAAGAUGGUUGCGCUGAAUAGUGUGGCGAAGGAGAUACUGAAGGUUAGGACGGAUAGGAUAGUGUUUGCGACGGAUUGGCCGCAUACGAGGUUUGAGGACUAUGAUGUUCGGCCGUUUGUGGAGAGGUGUCUUGAAUGGGCGCAGGAGUUCAACUGUGUGGAGCAGAUGUUUAGUGGGAAUGCGAAGACGCUGUGGGAUGUCAAGGGUUGAUUGUGUAAGAGAUGGAUCUGUAGGCUGAGUACGAUUGGGCGUCACCCUGAGUUCUUGAGAUUUUGUAGCCGACUGGCUGUAAGUCUUAUUCUACCAGUAGACACCUAGAAACUCUUGAACUAGACUCAUCAAAGG